AUGUCAUUGGGAACUUAUUUGGUUCUCCACUUGAUUUUCUUGCUGGAAAGUCUUGCAGUUCAGUAUGUGGAUCGACAUGGGAUUUCAUAUGUUAUACCGACAAUUUCUGCAUUGCCAAUCUGCUCAAGCUGGCCGCGGUAUCAGCUCUAUUCUACUUCGAUACACUGGAAACACAGAAGGCGUGCCAGAGAGUUCGACACAAGCACUGGUGAACAAGAACUAGAAGAAGGAAGCUUCUCUUCACAUCACCAUUUACCUAGACACAUGAAGGACAGAAGAUCACUAAGGGACUACAGAGGAGACCAUUUGAGGAGGUCUUUGAGGCCUAGGAGUCACCGGAUUCGGGUAGGGAUCAGUGGGGACUCAGUUUAUGUGAACAAGAGAAAUCCCAUUAGGCAUGGCCAUCACGGCAGCACAGUUCAUGACAUUAGAGUGACCAAGACAUCCAUAUUCGCGCACAAAAGUGCUAAUCACAGUGGCGCGAUUCACAGGAGGAGAAAGCGGCUAAGGGUGCCAUGA